UCCGCCGCUGUCGCCAUGCCUAUGAAGGGCCGCUUCCCCAUCCGCCGCACCCUGCAGUACCUGGGCCAGGGUAACGUGGUGUUCAAGGACUCCGUGAAGGUCAUGACCGUGAAUUAUAACACGCACGGGGAAUUGGGCGAGGGCGCCAGGAAAUUUGUGUUUUUCAACAUACCUCAGAUCCAGUAUAAAAACCCUUGGGUGCAGAUCAUGAUGUUUAAGAACAUGACGCCAUCCCCUUUCCUGCGCUUCUAUUUAGACUCUGGGGAGCAGGUCCUGGUGGAUGUAGAGACCAAGAGCAAUAAGGAGAUCAUGCAGCACAUCAACAAAAUCCUGGGGAAGACCGAAGAAACCCUCCAAAGAGAGGAGCAGGACCGAAGGCAGCUCUCACACCCUGCUCACUUUGGUCCCCGGAAGUAUUGCCUGCGCGAGUGCAUGUGUGAAGUGGAGGGGCAGGUGUCCUGCCCAGCCCUGGUGCCGUUACCCAAGGAGAUGAGGGGCAAGUACAAAGCAGCUCUGAAAGCCAAUGUCCAGGACUGA